AUGCAGUUGCACGACUAUAUGAAGUAUAUAGACCGAGGUUGCUGGAUGGGGCUUAUACCACGCUACCAAUGGUCAGGACGUCCCACAGAUAGAAAACCAUACAGGUUGGAACAAAAGGCCCUGUUCGUACUUGGGGUCAUUUGUGCAAUAUACCAGAUUUUCGGAGUGAUUAUCUACUGUUAUCGAAACGGACGGUUGGCAGAGGAUACAAGUACGUUCGUCACCGAAAUUUCGGAAAUGUGCGGAUCUCUAAUGCUAACCACAGUGGGAUUUGGCAAUAUAUAUGCCCUCAUAAAGCCCCGGAAUCUGAUCGAAAAGAUGUUUGAGGAGCUUGAGGAGAUAUAUCCCAGCCAAAGCGACGAGCACUAUCGCUGCCAGCACUACUACGACUUGGCUAUGGCUAUAAUGAAGACUGAGUUCAUGUUCUACAUGGUCUUCUACGCGUACUACAAUAGUGCCCCUAUUUUGUUGCUGCUCUGGGAGAACCUGCAGGAGGGACAGGAUCCGAGUUUCAAGACGCAGACCAACACAUGGUUUCCCUGGGAAGUCCAUGGCUCAGCACUUGGAUUCGGUGGGGCUAUACUGAGCUUAGUCCUGGCUUCGUUUGUGGGCGUGGGCUUUAGCAUAGCCACUCAGAAUCUGAUCGUCAUAUUUGCAUUUCAACUAAAACUGCACUAUGACGGCUUGGAGAGUCAGUUACUUCACCUGGACUCCCGUCAGCCCAAUGCAAGUCAACAGUUGAGGGAUCUGAUUGCCUAUCACUCGCGCAUCCUUCAUAUCGGGGACCAAUUCAAUAACAUCCUAAACUUCGUAUUUUGGACCAGCCUGGUUGGCUCUACAAUUGCCAUUUGUAUGAUGAGCGUGGCUAUUUUGCUACUCGACGCGGCCUCUGCCAUCAAGUAUCUGAGUGGUCUGACUGCAUUUGUCCUUUACCACUUCGUCAUCUGCUACAUGGGCACAGAGGUCACUUUCGCUGUAAUAUAGAACUAUAUGAAGUAUAUAGAUCGGGCCACUCGCAUUGGGUGUGUGCCACGCUAUUAGUGGAUUGGCGGGCCACGAGAUAAAGAACUACAAACAAAUGUUAAAAAAAGAUUAUUUUUACUUGGAACCAUUUUUCUGAUGUACCAGAACUUUGGAAUUAUUACGUAUUGGUUCCUGUUUGGUCGCAAGGAAACGGAAACGGUCAGGUUCGUUACAGAACUUUCGGAAACUUGUGGCUCACUUAUGCUUGUCAUUGUGGCGAUUUUCACUAUAUGGGCACACACCAGCAACCGAUCCAAUAUUGAAGCAGUGUUUGGGGAGCUCCAGGCGCUGAAUCCGAGACCAGGAGAUGAACAUUAUCGGUGCAAGCACUACCAGAAAAUAGCUAUUUCAAUAAUGAAAAUAAUCUAUACAUUUUAUAUGAUCUUCUAUGUGUAUUACAAUGGCGUGCCACUUUUGUUGCUCCUUUUGGGAAAAUCUGAUGGAUAUGGACAUAACCUACAGAAUGCAAACCAACAUGUGGUUUCCCUGGAGGGUUCAGGCUGGUCCCUCGACUCCAGGAAUCCAAACUCAAAUCAGAAAUUAUGGAUUUUGGUCGCCUAUCACUGUCAUAUCCUCAAAAUCGGUGAGCAAUUCAAUCGGAUCUUGAACCCCAAGUUAAUGAGCAGCCUAGUUUUUUCAUCUAUUGCCAUUUGUAUGACAAGUGUGGCUGUUCUACUGCUCGACCUGGCAUCUGCCCUCAAAUAUAUCAGUGUCCUUGUGGCAUUCGUCCUCUACCACUUCUUCAUUUGUUACAUGGGCACUGAGGUUUAA